AUGGCUCCAUCCAAAUAUCUCAAGCCUCCACAGGCCCCUCCGCUGUUCACUGCGACGGCUACCAGCUUGGUGAAGGAUGCUCAGGCUUUAUGUGAUCGCACACGAGCUAUGCUUGAUAAGAUUGCCAAAGACGUAACACCUGAGAGCGCUACUUUUGCCAAUGUCGUCCUUCCAAUGGCCGAAGACGAGAAUACAGCGGGGCUCGAAGCACGAGUCAUUGGAUUCUAUCAAGCUGUGUCAACGAAUCAGGAACUACGAGACGCCUCAAGUAAGGCUGAAGAGAUUAUGGAUGAGUUCAACAUCGAGGCUAGCAUGCGGGAAGAUAUAUUCAAGUUGGUAGAUGCAGCAUAUCAGAAAGGUGAGGACCUUGAUCCGGAGAGCAGAAGAUUGUUAGAAAAGGAACGCAAGAGCUAUAUCCGCAAUGGUCUGGGUAUACCUGCCGGGCCUAAGCGUGAUAGGUUUAAGGAUAUCAAGAAGCGGCUGUCUAUGAUUCAAAUCGAGUUCCAAAAGAAUCUGAAUGAGGAGAGUGGUGGAAUCUGGUUCACACCUGAGGAGCUAGCGGGCGUCCCGGAAGAUGUUAUGUCGGGUUUGGAGAAAGGCAGCGGGGAAAAUGCCGGAAAGGUCAAGUUGAGCUUCAAGUAUCCGGAUUUAUUUCCAACACUGAAGUUUGCCACAAACCCAGACACCCGAAAGCGGGUAUUCAUUGACAAUGAAAAUAAGUGCAAUGCCAACGCGCCGCUAUUCAAGGAAGCUAUUAUCCUGCGCGAUGAAGCUGCCAGGUUGCUCGGGUAUAAAGACCACGCGUCUUUCAAGCUCGAGGACAAGAUGGCGAAGACUCCAGAGACUGUCAACGAGUUUCUAGGUGAUCUGAGAACUCAACUGGCUCCUGGCGGAAAGAAAGAGAUUGAGCACUUGAUGGAAAUCAAGACGGAAUAUCUCAAGUCCGUAGGUAUGGAAGCCAGCAAUGAUGGCAAUUACUAUCUCUGGGACUCUCGAUUUUAUCAGAGAUUGAUGGUCGAGAAGGAGUACUCCAUUGACGAACAGAAGAUCGCCGAAUAUUUUCCUUUACAGAGCACAGUCGAGGGAAUGCUCGACAUAUUCCAGAAGUUAUUUGGUUUCGUUUUCAUCGAAUUAGAUGCUGAAGCACGUGCGAAUAUCAGCGAGACUACCAAGGCGGAUGAUAUCUCAUGGCAUGAAGAUGUAAAGAUUUUCAGCGUUUGGGACGACGAGGGAGAAGGUGGUGGAUUCGUCGGUUAUCUCUACCUAGAUCUACAUCCUCGUCCUGGGAAGUAUGGUCAUGCUGCGAAUUUCUCACUUCAACCUGGAUAUCUUCACCCCAAUGGCACCCGCCGCUACCCGGCGACUGCGUUGGUAUGCAACUUUUCUAAGCCUACGGCAACGAAGCCAUCCCUCCUCAAGCAUGACGAAGUUGUCACACUCUUCCACGAGUUAGGACACGGAAUCCACGAUCUCGCUGGAAGAACCAAGUACUCCCGCUUCCAUGGUACUUCAGUUGUAAGAGAUUUUGUUGAGGCGCCUAGUCAAAUGCUCGAGAAUUGGUGCUGGACCAAAGAGCAGCUCAAAAAUUUGAGUAAACAUUAUGAAACUGGCGAGCCUAUUCCGGAUGAGCUAGUUGACCUACAAAUAGGCGCCAAACACGUUAAUGACGCUCUCUUCAACCUUCGCCAGCUUCACUUUGGAAUUUUUGACAUGACUGUUCAUAGUCCAAAAUCACACGCUGAGGCGGAAGGGUUUGAACUCUCCAAGAUGUACAAUGAUCUUCGCUCCCAGAUCUCCGGCAUCAAAGGGCCAGAAGCUCUAGGCCUUAAGAGCGAUUGGGGCAACGGGCAAGCCACUUUUGGUCAUUUAAUCGGUGGUUACGACGCAGGUUAUUAUGGUUAUUUAUCGAGUCAAGUCUAUAGCACGGACAUGUUCUAUAGCGUCUUCAAGAAAGAUCCUAUGAAUCAGGAGGAAGGCCGACGAUACAGACACAUGGUUUUAGAAAAGGGCGGUAGCCAGGAGGAGAUGAAGACUCUUGAAGACUUCUUGGGAAGAAAACCAAGUACGGAGGCGUUUUACAAGGACCUUGGUUUAAAAGCCCGGUAG